UAGACACUCACUGUAGGAAUAUUUAAGAAACCGUUAGUAGAGGUAUGGUGGGGACUGAGGCCGAGGACAUUCACUGAAUAUUCUUGUGUAACCUUCUAAAAGAAAAAUAAAAAUCUGAGAAAUGAAUUAGUUCGCUAAAAAACCUUUUUUAAAACAUCAGGUCACUGGACGGGCCUUCUUUCGGGGAUUGAGAAGAGGACGUUUGUUCGGACCGCCCCUGAUUCCUGGCCCUGUGGCCACUCUCCAGUGUCCCUCUCCGCCGCGCGCCCGCGCAGCCGCCUCACCUUUCACCCGCCAGAUCUGAGCGCGGACGCCGAAGCAGCUGCGGCCAUCUUAAUUAUGGGCAAGAGGCCCUUGCAAGGCCACCGGCAGAACAGCAAGGGAAGACAACUCGAGGGGGUAAUAAACCAGAUCAUCAAAGCCUUUCUCUAACAUGGACGGUAGAGUGCCACGGCCUCUUCUGAGGGCGCCUUUUUCUCGGCCCACGGAACAAUGAGUUCGGUUAACAGGCUGUUUCCCGCCGUCCUAGAGGGGCCCCACUACAAGCUACUUCCGGUCGCCUGGGCCCGGAGGGACCCACCCCCGCCCUGCACCGGAGGCCGAGUCGCUAGAGUCUCUCCCGGGAGAAGUGUGGGUGGCCGAAUGACUCCACCCUGGGCUCCCAGCGGUGUCGGUGAAGAACGGCGGGAAGAAGGCUUCCGAGGCACCAAGCCAGCCCUCAUCUCCUGGGUGGAGGAAGAGGCAGAAAUGUGGGGUCCAGAUGCCGGGCCGCCUGAGAUGGGAGAGUGUCUUACAGAAGCAGACACAGGUUCCAGAAACCAGCCAGAAAAAGGAGAGAGAGGAGGGAGGGAGGCACUGGGGAAGAUCCUUUCUGUGGACGCUCAGCUUCCCGAGCUGACGGCUCUCAAACCCCUCUCUGCUGGCUUUCCUUACGGUUGCCAGCAACCACCGAAGGUGCCUCGCCGGGGUCGCCCGCCACUCUCUGCCCACCCCCCGGUCCCCAGAGCCGAUCGGCGGCAUGGCUGCUACGUGUGCGGGAAGAGUUUCGCCUGGCGCUCCACCCUGGUGGAGCAUCUCUACACCCACACCGGCGAGAAGCCCUUCGGCUGCCCGGACUGUGGCAAGGGCUUCAGCCAGGCGUCCUCUCUGAGCAAGCACCGGGCCAUCCACCGUGGGGAACGGCCCCACCGCUGCCCGGACUGCGGCCGGGCCUUCACGCAGCGCUCGGCCCUCACCACCCACCUCCGGGUCCACACGGGCGAGAAGCCCUACCGCUGCGCCGACUGCGGCCGCUGCUUCAGCCAGAGCUCCGCCCUCUACCAGCACCAGCGGGUCCACAGCGGGGAGACCCCCUUCCCCUGCCCGAACUGUGGCCGCGCCUUCGCCCACGCCUCCGACCUCCGGCGCCACGUGCGCACCCACACCGGCGAGAAGCCCUACGCGUGCCCAGACUGCGGGCGCUGCUUCCGGCAGAGCUCGGAGAUGGCCGCCCACCGGCGCACCCACAGCGGCGAGCGCCCCUACGCCUGUCCUCAGUGUGGCAGGUGCUUCGGCCAGAAGUCGGCCAUGGCCAAGCACCAGUGGGUCCAUCGUCCAGGGGCGGGGGUGCGCAGGGGUGGGGGUGCCGCUGGGCUGCCUGUGUCCCUGGCCUCUGCCCGAGGGGACCUGGACCCCCCCGUGGGCUUCCAGCAUUACCCAGAGAUAUUCCAGGAGUGUGGGUGAUGGCUUCAUGGGUGACAAGGCCAAGGGUGAAGAUGUAGACAUUGUUUGAGGCCCAAGAUGGCCUCAGGGGCCUCAAACUCAGGCAACUCCGGGGAGGUCACAAAAUUCCCAGAGGGCGCUGAACCUGGGGGUGGGGGGUGAGGACCACUUUAUCUUAGGCCUUCACCAGUUUCAUCUGCUGAGACCUUGUCCCCUGUGGUCCCAGACUCUAGAGCCCCCUUUGCUGAGUCAGGGCAGAGGUAAGAACCCCCACUAGACUUCCACUAUGGGGAAAGGCUGUUUCUCAGUUUAGGUAUAAGAGGACUGAAGUGGAGAAUUUUGUUUUAUCCACUGACUUGACUGCAGAAGUUAAAAACUGAUGGCCAGGUACUGAAUCUGGUCUCCCAACAGCCUUUUACAAUACAUGUAUUUUUAGACCAGCCAGCAUUUUUAAGUGUUAUGAAUUAUUGGUUAAGAUGUAAAAAUCAGGCUAUUUCACACAAAAAACCAAGUUUCUGGCUUCUUGAAAAAAAUCCAAAGAUUUGGCGACUUGACCUGAGUUCCCACAAAGCCACAAUUGACAGGAGCUGAGAGGCCCCUUUGAAUGGAGCCCAGGCUCUUCAGUUCAGCCCACCUGCCAGCUCCUUAAGCACCUCCUGACCAGUGUCAGCUGCCACUUGUCAUGGCUGUCUCUGGCAAAGCAGGCCCUCUCUAUCUGGCAUUUUCUACUCAUUUACAUGACCUGUUGGACUCCUGUAGUCAUUUUUUAAAAAUGUAUUUUUAAUACAUAAAAAUAUAUAUUUAUUUUAUUUAUUUGGCUGGUCUUAGUUGCGGCAUGCAGGAUCUAGUUCCCCAACCAGGGAUCAAACCCGAGCCCACUGCACUGGGAGCACUGAGUCUUAGCCACUGGACCACCAGGGAUACCCCUUCCUAUAGUCAUUUGAGUUUACAAACUGUAGUCUAUGGCAUUCAGUUGUUCUUGAAUCAGGGAUUCAGGUAGACAGCACAUUUGUGAAAGGGCAGGAGGAGAGAAGUAAAAGCGGGCUUUUAUGUUAGAUCUUGGCGCGUAUUGCAUUUUAUGGUUUAUAAAGGACUGUCUUGUCCAUCAACUCAAUUCACCCUCAUAAUUGCCUAUGGAAGGAAGCAUCUGCUUGGAGAGGACAGAUCUUCAGGAAGAGGCAGUUAGGACUGAAUCUUCUCAAUAUUUAUUUAUUUGGCUGCAUUGGGUCUAGUUGUGGCACACAAGCUCAGUAGUUGUAGGGUGCAGGUUUAGUUGCCCUGUGGUAUGUAGGAUCUUUGUUCCCAGGCCAGGGAUUGAACCUGCAUCCUCUCCAUUGGAAGGUGGAUUCUUAACCAAUGGACCACCAGGGAAGUUCCAGGACUGAAUCUGUUGCCCCAAACAAGUGGUGUCUCCACCUCGGCACCCCUCAGCUGCCCUGCACUUCCUGUUUUUGAAGGAGAAGGACCCAACAGCCCCUGCGAUAUGCUGGAUCUUUGUUCCCUUCUUGGGCCUCCCUGGGAGAGCCCUAUGGCUUAGGCUUUGCCACUUUAGGCUCAGUUGGGAAGGCCUCAUUACAUUUUUUUUUAAUGGCUUUAUUUCAUUUAAUCUUUUGCUCUAUGGCAUGUAGGAUCUUUAUUCCCUGAGCAGGGAUCAAACCUGUGCCCCUUGCAUAGGAAGCGCAGAGUCUUAACCACUGGACCACCAGGGAAGUCCCUCAUCACAUUUUUGAACUGAAAGAGAUCUUACGCUUUCCAUCCUUUUGCAGUUGGGGACACAGACUGGGAAAGACUGAGCAACCUGCCCAAGAUCUCACACAGGGUGAGAGACACUAGGAUUCUUGGUUUCCUUCUGUCUUUACCACACCACUCCUGAGUUCCUUGCCAGCGUCUCAGCCAGAGUUCUGGAGGCAUUUCCCAGAUAGGGACAGAGCAACCCAGUGUGAGUGAAGCCCAGGUACAGGAUGAGUGACAAAGCCAACAAGGCAAGGGAAAAACCAGCGUGAGAGGAGAGUUCCAGGGCCAACAAAAUCAAAGCUUGCAUCUUCACUCUCUAGGAUCUCCAUCACCAGCAAAGCGGGACCAGAACAGGAACAUCUGGGGUCAGUAGCCAGAGGGAAUUGUGCUUGUCUAUAUUCCCAAGCUCUGCACAGAAUCCCUCCUCCAUCACCCUGCGACUCCAUUAUUCAUCUACCACUCACUUCUUUGGUCAGAGUCCAGCAUUGCCCAGGUGAUGGAAGCAGCCAGCCAUGGACAGACAGACUUUCCUGCCACUGGUCAGGACAACCUUUCACCUCAAGUAGGAUUAGCAAGGGCUUAUGUCCUCGGUUGCCUUCUGACAGCUCAGCCCUGUGUCUGGCCUAACUUAGGAAGAAACCAGAUUUGUCAACCUAAAGGAACUUCUGAAGGAAGAGGUUGAAAAUUUUGGGGAAAGACACUGUUUAGGUAAACUGAUGAACUGACUUGAUUCCAACCUAACUGGCUCCACCAAGACCUCUCUUAGCCUUAAGUUCACUUGGAGAAUUUGCCAACUGUCACAAGGGAGAUGUGGGAGUGAGGAGAGACACCUUGGCAGUAGCAUCUACCUUUUAAUACCCUAAAGAAGCCAUCCUUCUGCCCUUCAGCACUGCCUGAGGAACACACAGCCUGCAAUACCAGUUCUCAGCUCAGCCUCAAAGCCAGAUCUAGACCCUGCCCUGAG